AUGGCCCAAGCGCGAGUCUCUCCGUCGGGAGCGCACUUCUCGUAUUCCACGCCGCCCAGCCCACUCUCUCUGGACGGCAAGCCGCACUCGUUGGAAGGUCGGAUCAGCAACCCUCCUCACGCGCAGCAAGACGCUGGUGUGGCGGAGGCGGCGGAGCUGACGGCGGACCUAGGCGCGAUGGGCGGAGACGAGGAGAUGGCGGAAGAAGGGAGCUGUGAGGGCGGAGGGGGGUUGGAGUGGCGGCGAGUGGUGGCGAUGCUGAUGUCGGACACGAAACACGCGAUGAAGACUGUGGAUUGCGCCAUGGGCGGGCAGGGCGGGCAGGACGAGCAGCAGCAGCAGCAGCAACAAUGUGACGAGACGCGAAACCAGCAGCUGUCGUACCAGCAUGUUGAUACGCAUCCAGAACAGACGCAACUCUAUCAUCAUGAUCACAACUUCCACGACGAUAACGAGAACCAGCACCCGCGGCUCGGGAAUGACACUGCGCAGUGUCACCAUCGCAACUGGCAGGUGACACCAUCCGCCUCAUCUCCGCUCAAGCUCGUUAUACCCAUCCCGCGGCACCACGGGGAGACCCACUCCGCAGCAACUACCACAGCGACACACGUUGGCGAUGCCAUGGCCGGUCCAGCCUCCAGCGAUGGGAUCACGGCCCACCAACUGCAAAUCACGCCUCAGCUGCAAAGCCCGUUUUCACAACACCAAGUCUAUCCUGCGCCAUCUCCCUUAUUCUCGACUCCUGUCGACGACUCACCACCGUCGAACUAUCGAUCCGAAAUCGGCAGCGACGGUAAGGCGCGCCGAGUCCCGCCUCGACACUGCGAACGGAGCCUCCAGCCGCUCAAGCUGUCGCUGACGGAAGCUCGCCCGCACGACCUGCUUGGCUCGGAGCAGCCUGCGUCGGAGGGAUGGCGAAGCAAGUCGAAACGGCGCGAGGAAGUAACAGUGGGGUCACCUCGCGCUCAAGUGUUGUCGCCUGGCGUGCAGAUGGUGUCGCCUGGCGACGGGUUCGCGUCGCCUACAGGCCCGACGUCCUCGCCUGGCGUUCGGAUGGCGACGUCCCCUGGCCUACAGUCGCCGCCAACAAUUCUGCUCGAUGACAUGAGCGCACGGAGUGGGCGAAGCGCACCGAAGCGAAGGCGCGGACAUUCUGGUUCUUGGGAGGCUCGGGGGAGUAGCGCUUCCCCAGGUGCCCAUAGAGCCGCGGUUGCGCAAGAGGAACGCUCUGCAGGAGCAGUCAGCGCGAUACCCGCUGCUGCCGCUACCCCAUUUGAGGGGCCUGAUUGGCUGCACCACCUGCACUCGGGCAAGCUGCAAACGCUCCCCAUCAUGCUACGGAUGGAGACGACCAAGGAUCGCAUUUCGCUGCUACGACAACUCGUCGCACCCGCACUAACGAAGGGAGACACGGCAACGGUGCUUGGUGAGGUCGAACUGUUUGUGAGGGCAGUUUACGAGAAGCUCAAGGAGAUCAGCAACAGUCACGAGCAGCACGCCGCGUUUCCCGCCAACAAGAAUGGGGAGGGGUUGUGCGCUCCGGCUAGUGGCUGGGCACAGAAUGAAUUUGGGAUGGAUGGAGGCAUUGGUGGGCGCGGUGGCGAAUCGGCGGGGAUCGAUCUCAGCAUGGUGGUGCGACUAUCCGAUAAGGAGCCGCGCGCGUUUCUGUAUAAGAGCUUCCUGUCGGACGAGGAGUGCGACCACAUCGUCAACAUCGCCACCGCUAGACUCGCCAGGUCGGCAGUGGCGGACGGCAGCAGCGGGAAGAGCGUGGUGAGCGAGGUGCGCACGUCCACAGGCAUGUUCCUCACUAAAGGCGAGGAUGACGUCAUCCGAGCCAUAGAGCAGCGCGUCAGCGAGUGGACAUUCCUUCCCGUGGCCAAUCAGGAGGCUCUGCAGGUCCUGCGGUACGCCAUCGGGCAGAAGUACGACGCCCACCUCGACUAUUUCUCGGACCCCGUCAACACGCAGCUGGGCGGGCACCGCUACGCCACGCUGCUCAUGUACCUCAGCAACGUCACCAAGGGCGGAGAGACCGUCUUCCCCACGGUGAAAGACGACACGCCGAAAGAUGACUCAUGGUCCGACUGCGCCAAGGGCGCCCUCGCUGUGAAGCCCAUCAAGGGCGACGCCCUGCUUUUCUUCAACAUGCAUCCAGACGGUUCCCCUGACCCCUCCUCGCUGCACCAUGCAUGCCCGGUAGUGGAGGGCAUCAAGUGGUCAGCACCCAAGUGGAUCCGCAUGGGCGAUGUCACCGUGCCGCUGGGUGAUGCUGUCACCGCCGCCUGUCAGGACAGCAACGCUUACUGUGAGGCGUGGGCCAAGGAGGGCCACUGCACAUCGGAGCAGUACAAGGGGUACAUGGUUGGUACGCCAGGGUCACCCGGGGCUUGUCGCAAGGCCUGCAAUGCCUGUCACCUGUAG